CGGCGGUAACCUAGGGCAACAGUCCGGCUCUUGCGGGCCGCGACUAGCCGCUCCGGACCUUCCUUGCCUCGCGGCCCCGUAGGAGCGUCUGAGUGGCUGUGGCCACGUCCUCACCCAGGGGAACACUCCCUAGACACUUCACGGGCGGCAGAGCCGCGGAAGGAAGCAACCUUCAGGGCGGGAAGAAGAUGUUAAAAACCAUAAGCAAUCACCUCAGUAAUGGAUCUCUGUGAGGAAAGCAAGACUUUUUUAGAAAAUAAAGAAAACCAGAAAACUGAAGCUACAGAAGAGUCGGAGCCGACUUUACAUUGUUCAGAUGAGAGAAGUGAAAGGAGUCAUGUCUGCUGCCUUCUUGGUGUCAGCGACCUCACUCUGGAAGAGGAUGGACGGGCCAGGGAGUUUGCCAUCAGCACUGGGUGGGAGGAAGCCGUCCGUGGCUGGGGAAGGACCUCACCAACUGCCUGCAUCUGGUCAAAGAAGAAAGUGAAAAGGGGGAGGGUUGGAGAAGGCACCAAUGACGGCAACAACUGCUUAUUCUGUAUGAGUCUUUCUCAAGGGAGUCUGGAGCCCCGGUCCCACUCGGAGGUUGGGAAACUGGAGGUGGGUGCUGAGGCUGAGGUGAGCACCCAGAAGAGCUGGAGCUCUGAGAAGAACUUGAGCAGCCCCUCUCAGGGCCCCAGCAAUGCUUCCAGAGAGCCUAACAAACUCUGCAUUCCCACAUAUGUGCAUGGAGAAAAAAAAAGCCUGCAAAUCAAAGAAUUUAUCUGGUGCAUGGAGGAGUGGGCUAUGCCCGUUAGCAGCAAGACCUGCAGAAAUCCCAGCGGAAGCACCAACCAAGGGCUCUCCAUCCCUGACUCCCUUGCAUCCAAGGCUCUUGUGGUUCUACCUCCACUGAAAAGCCCUCCCCACAACUUGGAUGUCCUGAGUAAGAAAAGCAGGAGUAUUUUCUGGCAGCCAGAAGAAAAGGUGCCAAGGGUGGAAAAGGACGAGGGUAUGGCUUGUACAGAUGGACUGAAAACAGUAGAUGGGAAAGGUGAAAAGAGACGUUUUGAGCUGGCCAGCCACCUGAAGGUCACCAACAUACUGCCUUUCUCUCCCACUGUGGCCCAGACCCACCUGUUGUCAGCUGAGUCCCAAAAGUGCUGCCUGCACUGGUCCUUCCUGCCCCAGAAAAGCUCUGUGUUCCCACCCAACCCCACCAACAUCCACUAUCUUGCCACCCUGCAGGUUUUGGGGCAACAGGGAGGGCAAAGCUACAGAACUCGGCUCAAAGCCAAGGAAGCCAAGCCUCCCAGGACCACUCCCAAGCAUACUAUCGCAGAGGCCAAGCAGGAAAACAGGCCCCACGUGCUAGAGAGCAAAGUCUUCCCCAAACCUCUCCUGCCGUCCCUCACAGUGAGCAGAGUUGUCAUCCCUGUUUCCACCCACAGAGUCCUCUGAUUUGCCACAAUAUAAUUCCCUGGGACUAAG